UGAGUUAGAAACCAGGAAACAGAGUGUAGACAAUUACAUGCUGGCUGACAUGCACUAUGGCACUGCACCAUCGUCUCUCUUCAUGGCAGAAGAUAUUACUGGGAAUCCUGUGCUUUCCAUUGCUGCCCAUCUACCUGUGUGUGUAUUGCCUAUGUUUAAAAAAGAAAGAAAAAGAAGAAGAUGGAGGACAACAAAGGGACUCGGGUGACAUAGUGGAUUUAGCAACUGCUACCGAAGACACCAAUGCCAAGUUACCAUCUACUAGUGAAGUUACAGUUGAGAACGAAAUGACAAUUACCGAUCAAGAAAUACAGAGUCAAGGAAAUAAACCAGUCACAGAUUUAACACUUAUUCAGAAGAAUAAGAAUACCUCUCAACACAAGCAGAAGCAAGAAAAACAUUCUACAACAUACAGUUACCCCUGGGAUAAAAAUGAUCUCAAGUCUUUGCAGGUGGAUCUGAAAAACUUUGAAAAGCUGGACCUUCAGGCUGCAAAGGUCAAUGCCAACGGGACACUUGAACAAUUAGUGAAAGAACUUACCCUUGAAGCUAACACAGAGCUGGAGAAAACAAGAGUUUUUUGGAUUUGGAUCUGCCAUCAUAUUGAGUAUGACACAGCAGGAUUAAAGAAUAAAGCUCUGGUAUCACCUGACCCAGAUGUUGUCCUGCAAACCAGGAAAGGGACCUCUUCUGGGUACUGCUCACUGUUUGAACGAAUGUGCAGCCUUGCUGCUAUUCAAUGCAAGACAAUCAACGGCUUUUCCAAAGGAACCUCAUACAAGGCAGGGCAAGUGAUAUCUUGGGAUUCAGACCACACAUGGAACAUGGUGUAUUUAGAAGGAAGAUGGCAUCUGCUGGACACAACAUGGGGCGCUGGCCAUGUUGAUGAGAGCAUAAGCAAGUUCACUUUCCAGUACAAUGAGUUUUAUUUCCUGACCCAUCCAGCUCUCUUCAUUGGGGAACAUUAUCCAGAACAAGCAGACUGUCAACUACUGGAUCCAAAAGUGACCCGUGUAGACUUUCAACAGAUUGUGCACCACAAAAGUCAUUUUUAUAACCUAGGGUUGAUUUCCUCUCAGCCUGAAGUAGCUGUAAUAGAAACAAAUAAAGGAAAAGUUACCAUUACCAUUGAGAGUCGGCACAAGAUGUUUUACAUCUUCAGCUUAAAUGAAACAGAAGAUCAAGGUCUGCUAAGGCUGAUGGAGCAUGAAGCCAGAAUUGAUGUUUACCCUUCAAAGACUGGGCAACAGAUUAUACAAAUUUAUGCCAAAAGACCAGAUUUAGAAGAAGCUUACCAGUUGGUGGUGGACUACAGAAUAGACUGUAAAACUGUGAACCACAAGAUGAAGAUUCCCAAGUGUCUUCAUAACCCUGUUGGUCCAAGCUGGCUGUCCGAAUUGUCUGGUCUUCUCCAUUCAUCACACAAAGAUCCCAUCAUUUACACAAAAGAUGGAUGCUGUACUUUAAGCUUUACCACUAGCAAGGAGCUGAGACUCUCAGCCAACCUCAGAUCCGAUGAAGUAAAAUCUAUUCCUAACCAUAUAAUGCAAAGAGUUCAGGACACAAAGGUGGAGUUUAGUGUCCAUCUUCCACAGGCUGGCACUUAUGUUCUCAAAAUAUUUGAGAACACUGAUGUGAUAGUGUACCUGUGUAACUAUCUAAUAAUUUGUCAAAAUACCAAGGUGAAAUGGCCACCUUAUCCUGCAGUACUUCACAACCCUGUCGGCCCCCACCCAGAGACAGAGAAAGCUGGCCUUCUUCACCCUUCACAUCCAGACCCGAUCAUUCAUCAGGAAGAUGGUCUUUGCACUAUUAGUUUCCAAACUAAUGGGGAACUAAAGCUUAGCAGCAGCUUGAAAGAUGAUAAAAUGACUGCUAAAAUGAACCAAAUUAUACAGAGAACAGGGAAGGAUAAAGUUGAGUUUAACAUCCGCCUUCCACUAUAUGGUUCCUACGUUUUCCAGAUAUUUGGUGAAAAUAAGGGAUUAAUCUGUAAUUAUCUAAUACGAUGCUCUAACCCAAAGGUAAAAUGGCCACCAUUUCCUAGCAUGCUUAACAACCCAGUAGGUCCACACCCAGGUAUAGAAACUGCUGGACUGCACCAGCCCUCACAUCUGGAGUCAGUCAUCAAUACUGAGGAUGGAUGCUUUGCCAUUACCUUCACCACAGACCGGGCAUUAAACCUCAGGGCCAGCUUGAAAUCGGAUGAUCUAGAAAUCGCACCCAACGUUAUGUAUAUUCUUCAGACCAUACAGAAGCAGAAACUGGAGUUCAGUGUGCGUCUUCCACGUGCAGGCUCCUAUGUUUUUCAGAUAUUUGAUGAAAGUGCUGACUAUAUUUGUAACUAUUUGGUCACAUGUUCAAACUCCAAGGUAAAAUGGCCUCCUUUCCCUUCUAGUCUUCAUAAUCCUGUGGGCCCAAAUCCAGAGACAGAGAAGGCUGGGCUUAUUCAGCCCUCACAUCCAAGCCCAACGAUUCAUACUGAAGAUGGUUGCUGUGUUGUCACUUUUGCAUUAUUGCGAGAUUUAAGUAUUUUUCCCACUUUACAUUCAGAUGAUGUUGAAAUGAUGCCAGAAAUGGAGCACAGACAUGUCUUCCAAACAAAGACACAAAGCAAUGUGCAAAUCAAGGUCCGCCUUCCACAGCCUGGAACUUAUGUUUUACAUAUAAACAUUAUACCUAAGAACAGUAACAUGUACAAACAUCAGUGUAACUAUCUCAUCACUUGUAACAAUAUGGCUGUGAAAUGGCCAGUGUUUCCAUUGGUGUAUACAGACUGGUCUGAAGGCUAUGAACUGCUGCAGCCCCUAGAGGGCGUUCUACCCAAGGACAGUGAUGUUUUCUUUAAGAUGCAGAUUCCAGAUGUUGCUGGAGUGUGUGUAAAGGGGAAAGAUUCCUUCCCUCUGGUCCUCAAUGAAAGCGGAUACUGGGAAGGCACAUGCAGUACAGCCAAUUGUAAAUACAUGUAUGUCUCUGUCAGUUCUAAAGAAAAUCCAGAGACCUGGACGUUUAUUCUUCAAUAUCACAUAGGAGACAGGACUCAACAAAAUGUGUGAAAUGAACAUUUCAACUGUUUACUUUUAUAUUAUUUAUUAAAAUUAACAUUUUUCCAUGCCA